AUAUAUAUAUAUACACACACCAUUCUGCCUUUCUCAGUAUCUCUCUAAGCGUAGUGCCCAAAGUCCAAUAUGGGAUUUGGCUUGGGCUACUUUCACUUUGCUCUGCCUUUCGCCUUGCUCCUGGCAUUGCCAACCAGGAGUAUUCCUAAUGGGAAUGCAGAUUGCGACCUUUACAACGGGAGAUGGGUGUACGAUGAAACUUAUCCGAUGUAUGAUGCCAGGACCUGUCCGUUUGUCCGAAGAGAAUUCGAUUGCCAAAAGUAUGGUCGACCUGAUAAUAUGUACCUCAAAUAUCGAUGGCAGCCUAAUGGCUGUGAUCUCCCAAGGUUUGAUGGGAGGAAUUUUAUGAGGAGAUGGAUUAGGAAGAAAAUUCUGUUUGUGGGAGACUCGUUGACAUUGAACCAAUACGAGUCAUUUUUGUGCAUGUUGCACGCGGCUGUGCCUUAUGCUCGGUUCAAUUUCACCAAGACAGACACACUAACAACCGUUAGGUUUCAGGACUACAAGCUCACCGUAACAUAUUAUUUGUCACACUAUCUUGUGGAUAUCGUUGGGCAGAAGAUCGGACGUGUAUUAGAGCUCGACUCAAUGCAAAGUGGGCGAUUUUGGCUCGACGCGCACUUGCUCAUCUUCAAUACUUACCACUGGUGGAGUACAAGAGGCGCUUCUCAACCAUGGGACUAUGUGCAAGAUGGAGAUCAGAUAAUGAAAGACAUGAACCGGACGCUGGCCAUGUCUAAGGCACUAGUUACGUGGGCCAAUUGGGUGGACUUAAAUGUAAAUCCAGCCAUCACCAAGGUCUUCUUCCAAGGUCUCUCUCCAUCACAUUACCAUGGAGAGAACUGGGGCGAAUCGCCACAGAGAACUUGCUCGGGACAAACAAAACCACUAGACGGGUCCCGAUAUCCAGCCGGUCCACUUCCAGAGCAAGCCGUGGUGAAGAAUGUACUGAGCAGCAUGUCAAAGCCAGUUUCACUACUUGAUAUCACGUUGCUCUCUCAGCUAAGGAUAGAUGCUCAUCCCUCAAAGUACAAUGGAGUCAAAUUUCCAAAUGACUGUAGUCAUUGGUGCCUCCCUGGACUUCCUGAUACUUGGAAUCAGCUCCUCUAUGCAUCUCUCAUCUGAUUUUGGUGAAGAUGUCAAAGAAAAAGAAUAAAAGAUAGAAGAUAAAGAAAAGUUUAUAGAUAAUUGGUGAUUAUAUUCAUUGUGUGACAAAGGCGAGAGACAUAUCAUUCAAGAUUUUUUUUAGUGGACUUACUGCAGUGAAUAAUAAUGAAAGAUCGAAGGGGAAUAAAGUUGAAAUUUUAUACA